UGGAGAGGAAUACUGACCACCUUCCUGCUUCUCGUCACCACAACCAUCCUGGCUGGACCCAGACAGUGACGAGAGCUGGGAAGGCGCCACACAUGCCUGGAUUUCCAGAAGGGGCAACUUGCUUAUCAUCUUUGUGGAAGAGGAAAACACUUUGAGUGCCCAGAUAUUUCAGCAACCAAAGACAUGUGAUGGCCAGGACUCAUGACAAGUGGCAGAGUCUUGGUCUUAACUGGACUGCUGGUUAUACCAGGACCCUCUCAGCCCAGAAGCACGAGGAAAUGACUGUGGGCUUUCAUGUUGUACUAUCUGGCAACCCACCAGAAAAGAACUCUCCGGCUGUGAAGAAUGGUUUUUCUGGACCUAGAAGGGCUAAACUCUCAAUGGCUCACGAAGAGGAGACUAAGGACCCUGGACUGGACAGGAAUAAAACAAAAGCUACCCCCGGGCUGUGGACCAUUCAUCAGGAUGGAGAAGUCCUUCUGAGGCUAUCGAAGCACGGGGCAGGCCAUGAGACUCCAAUGACCAUCCCUGAAUUUUUUCGGGAGUCAGUCAGCCGAUUUGGGGCUUACCCAGCCCUCGCAACAAAGAACAGUGAACAGUGGGAAACUCUGAAUUUCAACCAGUACUACGAGGCCUGUCGGAAGGCUGCGAGAGCCUUGAUCAAGCUGGGCCUGCAGCGUUUCCACGGAGUUGGCAUCCUGGGGUUUAACUCUGUCGAGUGGUUUAUUGCUUCUCUUGGAGCCAUCUUAGCAGGGGGUCUCUGUGUUGGGAUUUAUUCCACCAACUCUGCGGAUGCUUGUCAGUACGUCAUCACUCACGCCAAAGUGAACAUCCUGCUGGUUGAGAAUGACCUACAGUUACAGAAAAUCCUUUCGAUUCCGCGGGCCAGGAGGGAGACGCUCAAAGCAAUCAUCCAGUACAAGCUGCCCAUGGAGGAGAGCAGUGACGACCUGUACUCUUGGAAUGAUUUCAUGGAACUUGGCAACAGCAUCCCCGAGUCCCAGCUGGACCAGAUCAUAGACAGCCAGAGGGCCAAUCAGUGCGCGGUGGUCAUCUACACUUCUGGGACCAUAGGCAGCCCCAAGGGGGUGAUGCUUAGCCACGACAAUAUCACGUGGACCGCCGGGGCAGCGGCGAAGAACUGCGGCCUGUCCAACGCCGCGGAAAAGCAGGAGGUGGUGGUCAGCUACCUUCCCCUCAGCCACAUCGCGGCUCAGAUGAUGGAUGUCUGGAUACCCAUGAAGAUUGGGGCUUACACCUACUUCGCUCAACCAGACGCGCUCAAGGGCACCUUGAUCAAUACUCUGCAGGAGGUAAAGCCUACUGCCUUCCUGGGGGUGCCCCGAAUUUGGGAGAAGAUGCAGGAGACGAUAAAGGAAACUGGUGCCAAAUUCUCAAGCUUGAGGAAGAAGGUGUUUUCAUGGGGAAGAGUUAUUGGCUUAAAGAUCAAUACAAAAAGGAUGCUGGGUCACAGGACAAAUGAAACUCCCAUGAGCUACCGCAUGGCGAUGGCCCUCGUGUUCAGCAAAGUCAAGAGUGCCCUUGGCCUUGAUCGCUGCCACUCUUUUAUCAGCGGAGCCGCACCCCUCAACAAAGAGACCUCUGAAUUCUUCCUAAGCCUGGACAUACCUAUAGGCGAUAUGUACGGUUUGAGUGAAAGCUCAGGACCCCACACCAUACCCAUUCAGGAGAGCUACAGGAUUCGAAGCUGAGGCAAGGUCAUGGACGGAUGCAGGAGCAUACUACACCAACAGAACAAGGACAGCGUGGGGGAGAUCUGCAUCUGGGGCCGGCACGUCUUCAUGGGCUACCUGGACAUGGAAGACAUGACCACCGAGGCCAUUGAUGAUGAAGGCUGGCUGCACACCGGCGACCUGGGCUACGUCGACAACCAGGGCUUCCUCUACAUCACUGGCCGCAUCAAAGAAAUCCUCAUCAUGGCGGGCGGUGAGAAUGUGGCCCCGAUCCCCAUCGAGAACCUGGUGAAGGAGAAGAUCCCCAUCAUCAGUCAUGCCAUGCUGGUGGGGGAUAAGGCAAACUUUCUGAGCAUCCUGCUGACGCUGAAGUGUCAGAUGGAUGGGAUAACGGGACAGCCAAUGGACGACCUAAGCAUGGAGGCCCUCAACUUCUGCCGGAACCUGGGGAGCCACGUGUCCACCGUCUCUGAGAUUCUGGAGCUGCGGGACCCCCUGGUCUACAAGGCCAUCCAGGAGGGCAUAGAUGCCGUGAAUAAGGAAGCCAUCUCCAAUGCACAGAGGAUCCAGAAGUGGGCCAUCCUGGAUAAGGACUUUUCUAUCCCCAGUGGAGAGCUGGGUCCGACGACAAAGAUUAGGAGACCUUUUGUGGUCCAAAAAUACAAAAGGCUAAUUGAAAGCUUCUACUACUGACUUCUCUGGUGGAGCUGCUCCCGGCUGUCCCCACGCUCAUCAGGAGGAGGCCUUUUGCUGGGAAUGUUCAUGGGGGGAGAGUGCUACGUGCCGGGAGCCCAAGGAGUGAGACACGGUGACCCAUCGCAGACGGUUUUAACAGGAAGACCCCACUGUCACACAAGAUCCACCACUCUGGAGGACUGAGACAUCAGAAAGAAAAGCCUUCACAAGUCUGGAGAAGUGGGUCCCCAAACAACUCACCUUCCUAGAAGUAACCUGGAAACAAUUGCAAUAAGUAGUGAUAAUAAAGCACGUCAGCAUCCCAGGUCCUGACCUGGAGCCAGAUUCAAA